AGGUUAACAGAGGAUUAUGUGCUAGCAGUCCAUGUCCACAGUCUCUGCUUCAUACCUUUUCUUUCUUCUCGUAUCUGUAUAUAUACAUUCCGGAUUCGUGUUCUUCGGCUAAAACUCCCCCUAUUUCUUACAAACAUCAAAAACCCCACCCCCCUACCUUUUUUCCCAUGUUAUUUAUCGAGGUUCGCUUGUCGAGACCGAAUUGAUUUGUGGCCUUUGCUCGGCCUUCGAGGUUUCGUGGGAAAAGCUCAGGGUUUCUCAGAUUCCAUUCUGCAGACGAUCUCUCUGUCGAUGACCAACGCGAGCUGCGCAAGCACCGAAUUAGAAGCCUGCCGCGACGACUCGGCGGCACGCGUUCUCAAAUUCGUCGCAAUCGCAUCAAUCCUAAUCUCCGGAGUCGUAGGAAUCGCGAUCCCACUAGUCGGAAGGCAACGUAGCUUCCUCCGAACCGAUGGAAGCCUCUUCGUCGCGGCCAAAGCCUUCGCCGCUGGCGUCAUCCUCGCUACCGGGUUCGUCCACAUGCUAUCGGGCGGUUCGGAUGCCCUAUCCAAUCCCUGUCUACCCGAAUACCCAUGGUCCAAAUUCCCCUUCUGUGGAUUCUUCGCCAUGUUGGCUUCGCUUGUAACUCUCCUCGUUGACUUUGUGGGGACGCAAUAUUACGAACGGAAGCAGGGACUGGCUAAGCCGAGCGAGGAACGAGUCCGGGUCGGGUUUGAUGAUUCGGGUCUGGAGUCGACUAUUGUUCCGGCCCAAGCCAAGGAGUGGAAUGGGAAAGUGUUUGGGGAAGAGGAAAGCGGUGGGAUGCAUAUCGUGGGGAUGCAUGCGCAUGCGGCUCACCAUCGACACAACCAUCCUCAUGAGCAGGGUGCAUGUGAUGGGCACGUGAGGGAACAAUCUCACGGGCACGAACAUGGACACGGGCAUGGGCACGGGCAUGGGCAUUCGCAUGGGUUGGGAGAAGACGAAGAUAGUGGUGUGCGACACGUCGUCGUCUCUCAGAUAUUAGAACUUGGGAUUGUAUCACAUUCAGUUAUAAUAGGAUUGUCACUGGGAGUUUCACAAAGCCCAUGUACCAUUAGACCCUUAAUAGCGGCACUGUCAUUCCAUCAGUUCUUUGAAGGAUUUGCACUAGGAGGCUGCAUAUCCCAAGCUCAGUUCAAGACAUCGUCUGCGGCAAUCAUGGCAUGUUUCUUUGCGGUAACAACUCCUGCAGGGAUCGGCAUUGGAACUGCCGUUGCCUCAUUCUACAACCCAAACAGCCCAGGAGCUCUGGUUGCUGAAGGCAUAUUGGAUUCAUUGUCAGCUGGAAUUCUGGUGUACAUGGCUUUAGUGGAUCUAAUUGCUGCUGAUUUUUUGAGCAAGAGGAUGAGCUGUAAUUUUAGACUACAAGUAGUUUCUUAUUUCAUGCUUUUCCUUGGUGCUGGAUUGAUGUCUUCACUUGCAAUAUGGGCUUGAUUUUUUAGUUUA